GCGCAGGGGGCGGGGGCCGCGGCUCGCCCCCCGCGGAUGAGCCGCCGUGGAGCGCGGGCGGACGAUGGAACUCCACAUCUUGGAGCACCGGCUGCAAGUUGCCAGCGUCGCCAAGGAGAGUAUCCCGCUCUUCACCUACGGCCUGAUCAAACUUGCCUUCCUGUCCUCCAAGACCAGGUGCAAGUUCUUCAGUCUGACCGAGACGCCGGAGGAUUACACCAUCAUCGUCGACGAGGAGGGCUUCCUGGAGCUGCCCUCCUCAGAGCACUUGAGCGUGGCCGACGCCACCUGGCUGGCCCUCAACGUGGUGUCAGGCGGCGGCAGCUUCUCCAGCUCCCAGCCCAUCGGCGUGACCAAGAUCGCCAAGUCAGUCAUCGCCCCGCUGGCUGACCAGAACAUCUCCGUGUUCAUGCUCUCCACCUACCAGACGGACUUCAUUCUGGUACGAGAGCGGGACCUGCCCUUCGUCACCCACACCUUGUCAUCAGAGUUCACCAUCCUGCGGGUUGUCAAUGGCGAGACGGUGGCAGCUGAGAAUCUUGGCAUCACCAAUGGCUUUGUGAAGCCCAAGAUGGUCCAGAGGCCCGUCAUCCACCCCCUGUCCAGCCCAAGCAACAGGUUCUGCGUCACCAGCCUGGACCCCGACACACUGCCUGCUGUUGCCACUCUCCUCAUGGACGUCAUGUUCUACUCCAACGGGGUGAAGGACCCCAUGGCAGCCGGUGACGACUGCGGCCACAUCCGCUUCUUCUCCUUCUCCCUCAUCGAGGGCUACAUCUCCCUGGUGAUGGACGUGCAGACCCAGCAGAGGUUUCCUAGUAACCUGUUGUUCACGAGCGCAUCCGGAGAGCUCUGGAAGAUGGUGCGGAUCGGAGGACAGCCCCUGGGAUUCGAUGAGUGCGGCAUUGUGGCCCAGAUCUCCGAGCCCCUGGCUGCUGCAGACAUCCCCGCCUACUACAUCAGUACUUUCAAGUUCGACCACGCACUGGUACCAGAAGAGAACAUCAACAGUGUCAUCAGCGCCCUGAAAGUCAGCCAAGCAGAUAAGCAUUAGGAGGGCCUGCUCCGCAUUCCUCCGGCCGCCCCCCCAGGCCUGGGCCCGGCCCCACCCCGAAGACUCUUCAUACAGUAUUUCUCAACAGACUGGAAAAUCAGCCCCGGGGACCCCAAAGCAGAGGCCUCUGGGAGACACCCCCGACGGCUGACCCUUCCCUUAGGCCUGAGGCCCAUGCCAAGGCCUCCCCUUGCCCUCCUGCCUUCCUGGAGCCCCCAGACCCUCCAGAGAACCCUGCACCUUCUUCUCCCACCCCUGCCCCAGAAAAUGAUGUUUGAGGCCCAGGGAGCUUGUGAGCUGACCCACCUCCCCGUCCAGCCUUGCCCACAGCUUGGGGCAGACGCUGAAGGAAGCUGGCGCCUUCUACAAGACACUGGGGUACCGAUUCUUGUGUCAUCCUGGGGGGCUGGCUGAGCGGGGCUGAGUUUGUGGAGCCCGGGUAGGCCCUCGUGAGACCAUGCUGUGGUCGCUGGUCUCUGGUUCCCUUGGCUCUGGGCUGGUUCCUGCAGAGUGGAGGCCAGUGGGCGGCCCUCUGGUCCUGUGCUGGCGAGGCUCCGAGGGAGCUCGGGUGGGGCCUUGAGCUGCGGGAGGGAACGCCAGCCACCUUGCCUGCCAACCGCAGGGCCUGUGCCCUGACUCCCAGCAAGACUGCCAGGGGGGCCCUGUCCAGACCCCAUCACAAGCACUCAGGCCUGGGGGAGGGGGUUCCCAGGAGACCCCCCCAGCCUGGGGCACAAGCUCCUACCCCCUCUGCCUUUCCUUCUUGGGCAGGUAGAGCCUUGGUCCGCCCAAGUGGGGACAUCCCCAGCAUUCAGGGCCUGGGGUUUCUUAGGUCACCCCCACCUCCCCAGCAGCUGACUAGACCAGCACAGGGCUCCCCCAUCAUCCUGCCCACUCCCCCCGCCCCACUUUUGGGGGAAACGCAGAAGGCCUCUGCCCCCAACUCACCUGCCCACCUGUCUCAGUCCAGGGACCGUGGCGUUCAUGAGUACACGACCUAGGAGGCAGCUUAUCUGAGCCUUAAUAGAGAAAACCAUACCUUGUUUUAGUUUCUUAUUUAAUGUUUGCACCCAGGCUGCGGGUGGCAGCAGCUUCAGGGGACAGGGCCUUCUGAGCCCGUUGGGGGCCCAGAGCUUGACGUUGCUUGGCUGGCGCCCUGUGGGGCCAGGCACGGGCACAGAGAGCUGGAGCUGCCGCGGGGGCCUCUGCGGCAGGAAGCUGGGAGCAGAGGUCUGCUAUGAGACAGGUCCCCGGGGCCCCCUACACAGGGCUGCCCAGCCAGAGUUGUUCUGAGCAUCAGAGGGGCCCCGAGGGCCACAAGGAGGUGGACAGCCAGGUGGCAGGCCAGCCCCCACGGACAAUGGGGUGACUCCCAUGCCUCCUCCCCAGCUGGAAGGGUUUUCCAAGUGAGCAGGACCUGAGGGGCCCUCCUCGGCACUCGGGCAGCAGCUGGCGUGUGUGCUCGGAGAAGGGACCGUCUCUUGGCCUGGUGACGUGCGAGCCGCGUGGGGCCCUCUGAGCCCUGCAAGCCCACCAGGUCGGGGAGCUGUGCAUCUGGAUCCUUGCAGGCAUUCAGGGCUCCAGCACUGAUUCGGAGCCCACUUUUUUUUUUUUUAAGUUGAUUCAUUUUGCACAAAACUCCAAAACAACCAAAACGUGUCAAUAGUUUGCUGGUUACAAAAUGGGGGUGGCCCUUCAGGCCCCGAGUCCCCUUUGUGUCCUUGGAAGGCCUUGAUUUUUCUGUGGCGCGCCUCUCCAGACCCCCUCCCGUGGACUCCCCUCACCGUGUCCCCUCCCCGCCUCUCUCCCGCCGAGCCAGUGUCGGCCCCGUGCCCCCCAGAAACGUGUGCCCCAGACCCCCUAGGACGUAUAUUGUACACACAUAUAAAUACCUGUGUUUUAUGUUGAUAUAGAUAUAUACUGUAAAUAGCAUAUAUACUUGAGCAAUAUAUAUGUUAAUAUAUAGCGUGAGA